UCUUAAGAUAUCUCUCUUUCCCCCACAUCAGGACAUGGACAGCUACAGGCCAAAAGUGAUUUGUCUCACCAAGAGGCCGGGCCAGACGUUCGGCUUCAACCUGAGACUGGAGCAUGGCGAGGAGGGUCACCUGGUCCGCGGCCUGGAGAUGGGCGGCCCGGCCGAGCUGGCCGGCAUGAAAGACGGAGACCGGAUCCUCCGGGUCAACGGGACCUUCGCUGACUCCCUGCCUCAUUCAGAGGUGGUGGACCUGGUGAGGAACAGCGGGACGUCCGUCACCUUCCACCUCCUGGGUGAAGCAGCCUACAAGCAGGCUAAAGAGAAAGGGGUGGACCUGUCCGACUCUCAGACCACACCGGUCGUCAACGGCGAAGCCAAACACAGUCCCAAGCCCAAACUCUGCUACCUGGUGAAGUCCAGCUCAGGGUUCGGAUUCUCCCUCUGCUCAGUCAAAGGAAAGCCGGGUGUCUUCAUGACGGAGGUGAUCCCAGGAGGUGCUGCGGACCGAGCGGGCAUCAAAUUGCAGGACCGCCUCGUGGAGGUCAACGGCGACAACAUUGAAAACCGCAUCCAUGACGAAGUGGUGGCGAAGAUCAAGAUGGCGGGCAGCAGCAUCAUGUUCCUGCUGGUUGACGAAGAAGCAGACAGGUUCUACAAGAGCAAGCACAUCAAGAUUGGAACGUGGGAAGCGACAACGAAGCACCUCCCUCUCCAGCCGCGCAUCGUCGACAUGACCAAAGGCUCAGACGGAUACGGCUUCGUGCUCAGAGAGGAACCCAACAUGACCGGACACUUUGUCAAAAACAUCGAAAGAGGCAGCCCAGCGGAAAGAGAAGGCAUCAAGGAAAUGGACCGAGUGGUGGCUGUGAACGGAAAGGAGGUGGGCAACUGCAACCAUGAGAUGGUGGUGGACCUAAUCAAGAAGGGUGGAAACAAAUGCUGCCUCUUCGUGAUGGACAGAGAGACAGACAAGAUGUACCAGCUGGGAAACGUGUCUCCGAUGCUUUACUGGGAGGAAAAUAACAACACCAACUCACCGCCAAGUUACAAUGAGGCCGUCAUGUACCCCAGUCUUCCCCAAUCAUCCACAUCUUUUGAAGAGAAGGAGGAGGUGCUCAAGCCUAAAUUGUGUAGAAUGGAGAAAACUGCUCAGGGAUACGGCUUCCACCUGAACGGCAUCCAGGGGGUGCACGGCCAGUUCAUCAGAAACGUGGUGAAGGGGGGAGCGGCCGACAGGGCCGGCAUGGAAAACAACGACAUCGUGGUGGAAGUGAACGGGGUGAACGUGGAGGAGUGCAGCCACGAAGAGGCGGUGAAGCUGAUCCGCGACAGCGGAGACACCCUGGAGAUGCUGGUGGCUAAGAAGAGCGUGUACGACCAGCUGAAGGCUGACGGGGUGGCCAUCACCAAGAUGCUCGUCCUGGAAACGCUAUACGCUCAGGUCCACAAGACCAACAGCCCAGAGACCAAGAAGACCGAGAUACCAGAGGAGCCCAGAGCAGAAUCCCCAGCUGGGUCAGAAAGACAGAGGAGUCCAUCUGUGUCAUCAAACUCAUCCAUUGGAAGUGUUGACGAGAGAUUCUGAGAAGCCGCCACAAGGAAAACCUUUCCUGAUUUGGCCCUAAUCGAAUGUUCGAUCUGUUUUUGUUGAUCAACAACUUCUUGGGAAUCACACAUCUUACUUAAUAUCUCAUGAAAAGCACAGGUUAAGUAAACAAUGAAACCAAUGUACAGAAUUUAUAAAUGUGUGGUCAACAUCUGUAUUUAUAGCAGCUGCAUUUGGGACAAAAAGGGCUUCAUUUCAAGAGAGUUCAGGAACAUUUGCAGUAAGGACAUUUAUCUUUUCCCAUACCUGAGAUUACCAAUGUUACCAAGAAU